AUGCCGUUUGGUAGAGCUGGGAUUUUUCGUCAUGCAGACCCUCAAAAAGUUUGUGAGGUAUGGAAGAUUCUAGAGUCGAAUAGAGGCCAGAAGCAGUCUGUCCCAGUGGAUAAAUUAAUACGGCCUCUCCGAAAGGUGCUUGAUAUGCAGGACGACAGCAUCAGACUUUUGUUAACCGAAAUUGAGGGUGACGGACUUAUCGUAAAAGUUAACAGUUGUUCUGGGAAAGGUUGCGACAGUUAUCGCCUGCCUGACUUCCACCAUCAGUGUCCCCGACAACAUCAUGAUUGGUACUGUUUUCGGUGUCACAAACCGGGUGAAAUGUUACAUUGUAGCGAUUGCUUUCGUGCCUUCCACUCUGAUUGUGUGAAUGAUGACCAGCAUCCGACCCCUCACCCACGCAAUAUGCGCUCUCCGGGUCCUUUAGAUGAUGACGCGAGUGACUUUACCUGUCCUGUUUGUGAAUCAAGGCCGAAGUGUGAAUUUUCUCGUAAACAGAUUCGAAAACUGCUUGAAUUUGCCACACACAACUUGCGUAAGCAACCUUCCUGGAAGCAUUUCAAUCAAAUAGGAUAUCCUGGUGACAUCGACAAAAAUGAAUACAUCGUGUACAAAUAUGUGGACAUGGAUCUGCUUCAACGGAAGAUAAAAGACGGGCGCUAUACUGCGUUGGAGUUCUUUGCUAUGGAUGUCGAACUUCUUGUUCACGACGUUUGUCUUCUCUUUGGUCCAUUUAGUAAUGAUGCGGAUGAAGCCAGAUUUCUGCUUCGUUCUGUUAAUAAUGAGAUAACAGAAAUUCAGCUCUGUACGGACUGUUAUAUAAACGCGAAAGCCCGCGUGGGUGAUUGGAUUACGAAGCCCUGCAAACCUCCUCAUGAAUUCAUAUGUGCGUGCAAUCGUUCUGCUGCCGGUGCUGGCUUAUUUGACAACGCAAGUAUUCGGCAUUGUUACUGGCCAGCAAAAAUUCUCUUGGAAAGGGAUGAUGGAUAUGAGAUUCGUUUCUUUGGCGGUACCCAUGAACGGGCCUUUGUGAAAAAGACCCAUACGGCUCCAUUCGUACUUCCCGAGAUCGAUCCAGCCUUCCAUCGACGAGCUUUGGCUGGCGCUCAUAACGUUCCCACCUCUCUUAUUGAACGGGCCUGGAAUGAGGUGCGGAAGUUGCAGGCCAACCUCAACUCCGGAUACUACUCUCACUCCUCUGGCGAGUCUGAUAUGCCUCCUUCAGAUGAUGAUUACACUGACGAAAUUUACAUUCGUCCUCGUCGACACGCGGCAGUGUCUCUCUCUAACAGUCCACGUUCCUCUGCCACGGCAAACUCAGCAAAACUGAAGUCGACAAAGAAAAGAGCGAAAAAUUUGGCUUCCAGUGAAGGAAGUUCCUGCGCCUCUUCUCAUUCCUCAAUAUCGUCUCCGUCACAACACUCGAGCGGUCGUUUCAGCAGCGACACUCACCGUCGCAGUUCAAAUAAUCGUGGUGGCGAUUAUCGGCGACAAAAAACUGGAAGGACUCCUACCUCUAAAGCCAUCAGUGCAAACUCUAAACUGACUGCAUCCGCAAAACAACGUUUCAGCACUGAGACUACCUCUCCGGUGGCGGCAGCAGCGCUUUCUGCUCUGGCGGAGACUAAGGCAGCUGUUGCUGCUGCCUUCAGCAAAAAACGUAGCAGCGCCUUUGGUGACUCCGUGAUGGAUACUUCGGUAAAUCCUCAGCGGAGAGGGAGAGGUCGUCCACGCGGUAGCGGAAUGAAGAAACGCAAGCGAAAAACUUCCUCUUCUGCUUCGCUUUCUUCACUCUCACACUCGGUUUCAGAUGGCGAAAACUACAAGAUGCCAAACAGUCUUAGCACCUCGAGUAAAAAGAAAAAUCGGCCCGCGAGUACAACAACCUCAGCAGAAUCUGAUUCGAAUGACGAAAAAGCAAGUUUUUUUCUUCACCUGACUGGAUCGUCAUGGUCUCCUCACAGUAAAAAAUACAGUCAGCGGGGUGGCGCCUCAAAGAAGCGAACAAACGGUCAUUUGACAUCGAAAGCUGCAUUGGACUCUCCACAAAGUAGUUAUAUGUCAAACAACAAUAGCUUACCUCGGCACACCUCUCUUAGUACCUUAGCUCGACGUCCUCGUGGUCGUCCCCCAUUCUCUGGUGUGCGUGGUGGCAGCAGUCGGAAGACCCCCUCCUCCUCUCGUAAGAAAGCGAAAUCUAACGCACAUUCAGAGUCGGACUCGGAGUUGACCGAUCGCUGUUCAACUACUUUCCCGUCUCGUCGACCUCAAGCGACUCCUCUAGAGCAAACGCAAGUGAAGCGUCACAAGACGUCUUCGAGUGCUAGCCCCACAUCCACAUCCGAAUCAGGCAACUCCUCGGACGCUUCAGGCGACCGCAGACACCUCCUUCUGCGACGUCCACCCUUCGCUCCGCCAAUCUCCACGUCGUCGUCGGUAGCUGUCGUCGGAACCACACAGACGGCUGUUGCACCAUCUCUUAGCGGCAGCAGGGUGGAGAUCGGGUCUAUGUCUAGUUCCCCUUCUCUUUCACAGCAACAGCUUAGCAAGUCGGGAUUCACUGCCCUUGAGAUGGCUGGACGCAGCAGUGGGCUGGGUUCUGUACCGAGAUCGCACCUACCACCGAAUAAGAGGCUGGCAGCAGCUGCAGUUGCUGCCGGUUCUGAUAUUAAAAUUGAAUCUCCACCACAUUCUUCCACCGCUUCAUCAAUGCAUCCGGGUGGAGUUUCGCCUCGAAAACUAUCAAACAAACAGGUUCAGGCGAUGGGGGACGAUGAGGUCCAAGAGCCCCAGCAACGCAGUUGUGCCCGAUGUAAGGAGAACUUGGAGACUGUGCGUCGGCAGGCGAUCGCAGAGCAGCAGCGGGCACUAGGGGAGCUGGAGGCACGCCUCUCCGCCGAGCACUCCGCCGCUCUCGCUGCCGCGGUGGAGCGCGAGCGUACUCUUGCUCGCGAGACCCUUGACGCUGCAGAGGCGCGUUUCAAUGACGCCCUGGUGCAGGCCAAGCGACGUCAGUGGUGCCGCAACUGCCUUAAGGAAGCCAUCUACCACUGCUGUUGGAACACUUCCUACUGCUCCAUCAACUGCCAACAGACGCACUGGCACAAGGAACACAAACGACAGUGCCGUCGCAAGCGCUAG